UGAAGGGUGGAAGGGGAGGGAGAGAGUAAGACUAAGUGUGAGAGGGACACAGAUAAGCACAGACAGAGCCAGUCUAGGGGGUGAGAAACACAGAGAGAAAGAGAAACUGAGUGAGAGUGCGUGCGUGCGUGAGUGUGUGUGUGUGUGUGUGUGUGUGACUGACUUUUCCGGACAAUCCUAUUGUGAUGGAGGGCCUUGCAAAGUGAGGCGGACGUUGAGCUGCUCGGUUGAAUACCAAAGUCUGCGUGGUGCUGUGGGAGACUCAGAGGGGUGGAGGGGCACCGAGGGCCUCUCACCAAGGGGGUCCGGCCUGGGGCCACCGCUACAAAACAGAGAGGUGCAGAGCAGGAGGGGCAAGAGCCCAGCAGCGAUCGCACCAGUUUUCUUUCCAUGUCCUCUUCCACUGCCGGCUCAGUUGGAGCUGCUGCCUCAGUGUUGACCGCUCACUUGUGAAGUCCUGGACGGUCCGUCCUCUGUGCGCCGUAGGCAGGAUGCAUGCUGGAGUCCUGUGCUUGUGCUACCUGCUGGUGCUAUCCCCGCCAGUGGUACACAGCCAGUGGUGGAGGCUCUUUGCGCGGAAAGUAGAAGCCACAGUGCCCCCCGUGGCCACCACAGAGACCCCCACUACCGCAGGGACAGAGCCCGCUGUGCCCACCACCACUCUGGGGGACAUACUGACAACUGCAUCGGCCUCCCCUGAGGAGACAACCAGCAGCAAGCCAAACACUAGGAAGAGGCCGCUGAAAUUGUGGAAGAAUGAGCGAGGCUCAAAGUCUCACCUGGAUCUGACAGAACUGAUUGGUGUGCCUCUCCCUCCAUCCGUGUCCUUCAUCGCUGGCUACGAGGGCUUCCCCGCCUACAACUUUGGGCCCGAUGCCAACAUCGGCCGCUUGACUAAGAGCUUUGUGCCCGACCCUUUCUUCCGGGACUUUGCCAUCAUGGUCACCAUCAACUCCACCAGCACCAGGGGCGGCGUGCUCUUCGCCAUCACCGAUGCCCAGCAGCAAGUGGUGCAGCUGGGGCUGGCCCUCACCCCGGUGGAGGACAGGACCCAGAGCAUCGUGUUGUACUACAGCAAUCAGGGGUCCCCCCGGACGCAGCAGGUGGCGUCCUUCAAAGUGCCCGACAUGUAUCACAAGUGGACGCGCUUCACGCUGACUGUGCAGGACCAGGAGGUGCGCCUCUACAUGGACUGCGAGGAGUUCCACACGUCCACCUUCCACAGAGGCAUGCAGCCGCUCCGCUUCGAGCCCAGCUCGGGCAUCUUUGUGGGCAACGCAGGCAGCACAGGCUUGGAGAAGUUUACGGGCUCCAUUCAGCAGCUGGUGAUCAAACCAGACCCCCGGGUACCAGAGGAGCAGUGUGAGGAGGACGACCCUUACGUGUCUGGUGAUGGCAGUGGCUUUGAUGGCCUUGAUGACAGAGAGGGUGAGGAUGAAAUGCAGAAGAGAGAGGAGGAGGAGCGUAAGCACUCUUCAUCCAUGGCAGAGGGGCCUGUGAGGGCCCCACCAACAGUGGCCCCAGUUGGGGAGGAUGACGAGCUCUCUGGACACCUCGUCCCCACAGAGGAAACCUACCCGACUCGGGGGGUACUGCUGGGAGGGCAUGAUGCUGAAGAACUUGGGGAACGGUCAGGUGAUGGCCCAAUUGGCCAAGGACCAAAAGGGGAGCGUGGGGACCCAGGUUUUCGUGGUCUGCCUGGUCCUCCCGGGCCCCCUGGCCCUACCAGCCGCCCGAAGGCAGGAGCGUCACCGGGGCAACCUGGACCCAGGGGGCCCCACGGGCCUGCUGGGGUCCCAGGGCCACCGGGAAAGCCUGGGAAGGAUGCACUGCCCGGCCGCAAAGGACAAGAUGGACUGCCGGGACUGAGGGGACCUGCUGGUUUUCCAGGAUUACUUGGGGAGACUGGAGCCAAAGGUGACAAGGGUGAUCGUGGAGUCGGUUUGUAUGGGCCACCUGGACCACCUGGACCACCCGGCCCGCCAGGGAAACCUGAGCUUGCCAAGACAUCUCGAUAUCCGGAUGCCAUCGAUGCAUAUGGCUCUGGGUUUGGAGACUUUGACAGCGAUACAGAGAUCAUCCGAGGUCCACCUGGUCAUCCAGGUCCACCAGGCCCACCUGGGCCCCCAGGCUCCAGUGGCCCAAUCGCCCUACCUGAAGGCCUGCUGCCUGGGCCUCCUGGAAAGGAAGGGCCCUUGGGUAAACCAGGUCCGCCUGGCGCUGCUGGUCACGAUGGUUUCCCUGGCCCGCGUGGUCCUAAAGGGUUAAAGGGAGACCAAGGAUUACCAGGACUGCCUGGGCAAAAGGGUGACCUUGGUGCAUCUGGUGCCGCUGGCUUACCCGGGCCGGUGGGGGCGAUCGGUGCUGCUGGCCCACACGGUCCACCGGGUCCACCUGGACCCCCAGGAAACGGGUUUACACUUGAGGACCUGGAGGGUUCAGCAAAUGGAGGCUUCCUUGGCGCAGGGGUUCAGAAGGGGCCGCAGGGUCCCCCUGGUCUCUCAGGUCCUGCAGGGCCUCAGGGUCUACCUGGGCCAGUUGGACCACCUGGAUUGUCUGUAAAGGGAGAGCGUGGAGCGCCAGGUCCAGUUGGAGAGCCGGGGGUAGCUGCACUUCCUGGCAUGCGGGGAGUGAAAGGAGAUAAAGGAAUCUCAGGGCCAAAGGGGGAGACAGGCCAAGAUGGACAGAGCAUCGCUGGUCCUCCUGGGCUUCCAGGCCCUCCAGGACCCAUCAUCAGCAUACAGGAUCUCCUACUAAAUGACACAGAGGGCAUAUUUAACUUCACAGAGAUCCGUGGACCCCCAGGGCCCAGGGGCCCUGAAGGCUUGCCUGGCAAAGCAGGAUUCCCAGGACCGAGGGGGCCAAAGGGGGAUGUUGGAUUGGCUGGUGUCCAAGGACCCCCGGGUCUGAAGGGCGAGAAGGGUGAGCCUGGGGUCACCAUCGCUGCAGAUGGCUCUUUAAUGACAGGCAUGAGGGGCCCCAGAGGUCCGAAGGGAAUCAAGGGUGACCGUGGCGUUCCAGGAGAGGGAGGGAUGAUGGGACCCGUUGGACCACCUGGGCCGAAGGGCGAGUUUGGGAUCCCUGGGCGAGCGGGUCGUCCUGGAAUGGUGGGACUGAAAGGAGAAAAGGGGGAUUCCAUUGGUCUAGCAGGACCCCCUGGUCCCCCGGGGCCUCCUGGGUUCCCCGGUCGUGUCCUGGGCCUUAACGGAACAGUCUUUCCAGUCCCUCGUAGACCACACUGCAAAAGACCAGUUGGCAGUAGCACGGAAGCAGUAUUAGGGCCAAAAGGAGAUAAAGGGGAUGUCGGCGUAGCAGGAACUCCUGGGCCUCUAGUACCAGAUUACACGCUCACGAAAGGAAUUAUGGGUGAGAAAGGUGACAAGGGUUACACAGGUCAGAAAGGAGACCAGGGUGAGCCUGGUCCUCCUGGGCCUCCUGGACCAGCGGGCAGAUCUGGUCUCGUGGGACCCAAAGGAGAUACCAUUGUUGGGCCCACAGGUCAUCCAGGCGCCCCUGGACGGCCUGGCCAGGGUGGAUUUGGGAGGCCAGGUAGACCAGGCCCCCCUGGUCCAUCUGGACCACCUGGGACUCCUUCAGGAUAUGGCUCAGCUGUCAGCGUCCCUGGCCCUCCAGGUCCUGCUGGACUUCCAGGGGCCCCUGGCCACGGAGCUGCCGUGACGGUGUACAAAACUGGCCAGGCACUGCUAAGAGAGACUCACAGAGCAACUGAGGGUGCCAUGGCUUACGUCUCCGACAAGGGCGAGCUUUAUAUCAGAGCCCAGGGGGGCUGGAGGAAGAUACAGCUCGGCGAGCUCAUCCCCAUCCCUACAGACAGCCACACAGCCGCCGCCGUGUCUCACGUGUCUCACGGCCUGAGCAGACCCGGGGACCGCAGCACUCCCAGGCUACACAGCCAGGAGCUCACCAGCCACCUGCCAAAUCACAAUGUUCUCCCACAUACGACCUACUCUGCUGCUCCUGGGCUACACCUUGUGGCUCUGAAUGCGCCACUCUCGGGAGACAUGCGGGGCAUCCGCGGGGCGGACUUCCAGUGCUACCAGCAGGCCCGAGCCAGGGGCCUCACCUCCACCUACCGCGCCUUCCUCUCCUCCCAUCUGCAGGACCUGGCCACCAUCGUCAGGAAGGCAGACCGCACCAACAUGCCCGUGGUCAACCUCAAGGGCGAGAUCUUAUUCAACAGCUGGUUGUCCGUGUUCUCUGGAGACGGGGCUGUGUACAAUCCACAGAUCCCCAUCUACUCCUUUGAUGGCCGUAAUGUCAUGACAGAUCAGUCUUGGCCUCAGAAGCUGGUGUGGCACGGGUCCAGUACGGUGGGCAUCCGCAUGACCACCAACUACUGCGAGGCGUGGCGGGCAGGCGACGUGGCCGUGACGGGCCAGGCCUCGCUGCUCCAGACGGGCAGGCUGCUGGGCCAGCACACCCGCAGCUGCUCCAACCACUUCAUCGUGCUCUGCAUCGAGAACAGCUACGUUCGCAACCCCCGGCAGAACUGAGGACCCCCCAACCUCCCCCCUCUCUCCCAACCCCCACAACUAAGUCUGGUUAUGUCUCUUCCUACUUCCGUGUGUCACCCUCCGUGCCUCCCUCCCUGAAUCACUUACUUCUAGAGAGUAGCGUUCUGAGCUGGACCGCAGAGGAGAACAUCAUCAGUUAGCCUGUCCCGCCCUCCUCCCCAGCUGGCCCUAAAUAAUGUGUCCUCAGAGGAACAUUCCAGAAGAAAAAUGGCACUGCUUCCCCCCGUCCCAUGAUUUUUUUUUCUGAGGAGAAAAAGAGGUGUAAAUAUGUGUAAAUUGCUUCCUGAUUCCACACCAUUCAUCCAUAAUACACAGUGGCCUGCUGACUGAUGGAAUGCCAAAGAAGUGAUACCUCAGCCAGAAAUCAAUCCAUGCCGCCCUUGCCAGAUUCAGCCCACUCAUUCACUGUAGUAGGCUCUCAUUACAGAGAUCAGCUUUCAGAGUACCAGCUCAGCUAAGGCAUUUUCCUCUAUUCGCCCGAGUAUAGUCUAGUGCAACAUGAACUGCCUAUUAAACCUUAUUCCCUGUGUUGGUUUCACCACCCCGCUCAAACAUUUACUGUCAUAAUAACUUGCGAAUGCGAACGCAUGUCAAUAUCUUAGAGUAAUCAAAUGCUUGGAAUAUUGUUUUUCCAACAAGGGAACCAAGUGUUGCCUAAUCAGGUUUGAAGUCAUUUAGAUGCACUGUAUUUUUUACAAUUUGUCUUUAUUCUACACUUGUGACGGCUUUGUGUCUGUGACUAAGGUCUCUGUUGCAAGCAACACCGCAUCAUAGUAUUUAAAUUGAAUUCUUCUUGUCUUUAUUGUUGUUAUUUAUAUUGUAACAGCACAUAGUCGUAAAAUCUAGAGACACAUUGAGUUGAGAUUUUCACUCUCUUAAGCAAACUGACAUGGCUCAUCCUGUAGUGUUCAUGUGGUUCAAACUGUUUCGGUAGAGUAUGGGACUCCCUAGUGCUCUUCGUUAGAAAUGUCUUCUUAACAUUCUAAGAGAACAAAGCAUUUGAAAAACCUUGAUUUGAAGAGUGAGUCUGUAGCUUCUAGUCAAGAACCGAUUGACUUUUACACAAAUGCAGUAAAUAUGAACAGCAAAAUAGUAUCCACACAUUUGACUGGUGCUCAUUGAAUAAAUGUUUUCUUUUUUAAAAA